CCACCACCACCAUCAUCACCACCAUCACCACCACCAUCAUCACCACCACCAUCAUCACCACCAUCAUCAUCACCAUCAUCAUCAUCACCAUCAUCACCACCACCACCAUCAUCACCAUCAUCACCAUCAUCACCACCACCAUUCCCACCACCAUCAUCACCAUCAUCAUCACCACCACCACCACCAUCAUCAUCAUCACCACCAUCACCACCACCAUCAUCAUCACCACUACCACCAUCAUCAUCAUCACCAUCAUAACAACCCGUAUUUCUUUGUUUCUUUAGUAGAGGUAUCCUAGCAAUGGGUCAGCGUAGUACAGGUGUAAGCCUACCACCAGCUGGUAAUAUCGGUGCCCAAGCUGCAUUUAAUUCUCUUGGUUCAAAACCUUCAAGCCGAGCACCUGGUCUACCUGUAUCAACUAUAGGAAGGUAACAACUUUCUUCUUUGACUUGUUUUGUUCUUUGACUUGUUUGAAGCAGCCUUUAGUCCUGCUCAAAUUCCUCUGGUUUCAUGAGUUCCGUUGUGAGACCGAUUAGUACGGUCCUGGAUUUUAUAUCCCAUGUGAAAUAAGUGUUACAGUGCGUCUACUGUAAGUGGAGCCACUUAGAGAACACUAACCAAUCACAUUGCAGAACAGAAAGUGAAAAAAUCAACAAACGGCGCAUUAGCCAAUCAGCAUUAGGCCAAAAACAAUUCGAACAAAUAAACGAAUGUCAAACGGUAAAAAUAGACAUGUAAAAGUAAACAUUGCAGUUAAUGGCUUUCUGAAUCUUUCUUUUGAUUGGACGAGCUUUAGUUUGAUUAGAUUUUUCUUUCUGUUCUGCAAUGCGAUUGGUUAGUGUUCUCUAAGUGGCCCCACUUACAGUAGACGCACUGUAAAAUGAUUAGAAAUCGCUACUCAAAAGAGAAUUUUUCUGCGUUAUCGAAACACCGAUAUCUUGUUGAUUUCCGUUGAAAAUUUUUUAAUUCUCUAUCUAGAAGUUCACCAGGAACUAUAGCUCAACAGCAACAGCAGCGUUCAUUUCUUGGCAG